UUACGAAACCAAUCCAUCUCUCUCCGUCGUCGUUACCAUGUCUUCAAUCGUCGAGCACGUCGUUCUAUUCAAGCUCAACGACGUUGACUCCGGCAAGAUAAACUCCAUGGUCAACGGAAUCAACGAACUAGUCAAUCUCAACCAGGUGCUUCACCUCUCCUGCGGUUCUAUCCACCGCCUUAGCUCCACCACCGCCUCCGACUUCACUCACGUCCUUCAUAGCCGUUACAAAUCCAAGGAAGAUCUCAACGCUUACGCAAUCCAUCCCGAUCACGUUCGUGUUGUCAAGGAAUCUGAAUCGAUUCGCGAAGAUAUCAUGGCCGUUGAUUGGAUCGCCGAUCAAGUUCCCGGAACCCUAGCACCGCCUCCUGGUUCAAUUGGUAAAAUCACGCUUCUCAAGUUGAAAGAGAAUGUCUCCGAUGAAGCGAAAUUGGAGAUUAUGGAAGUGAUUAAGGAGAAAUUUCAAGGAUGUGAUCAGAUUACCGUUGGAGAAAACUUUUCUCCGGGGAGAUCUAAAGGUUUCUCUAUUGGAUCGAUUUCGUAUUUUAGGGAUUUUGGUGAAAUUGAAGCUGUGGAUGAUCAGAUGAAGUUGCAGAAGGAGAAGAUUCGUGAAUAUAUUGAUGAUACCAUUGUUGUUGAGUUCGUGGUACCGUCUUCUUCUUCACAAGCUAUCUAAAGUGUAGCUGUAAAAUGCUCCAAUUUGAAACCGGUUUGGUCUGCGGUGUAAUUUCGGCGGCGGAAUUUCGUCGAUUACAGUGGUCGCCGUCGUAUGUAUCAAACACAAUAUAAAAGCUCAUAGUGGGCUUUUUGCUUGAAGCCCAUUUACGUCUGUAUUAAUCAUAUAUACCAGCGCGACACUGUUGGGCUGUUCUAAUGAGACCACGUUGCUGACACU